AGCUCCGGAUCUCGCCCUCCACCGGAUCUUGCCGGCCACACUCCGGAGGGACGGCUGGGGGGGAUAUCGGACCCUCCCCCCAAAGCUGGGGGCCCCCUCACCCGCCCGCCCCUCGGUCUGAUCCGUCUCUCUCCCGCUGCCCGCCUCCCCCCACGGCGAGCACCUGAAACACUAGGAAGCAGAAGCCGGCUGGAGCCGUAGACGAUCCGGGCCCAGCCCAGAGAAAUGGACAGUUGCUACGACCCAGCACUGGAUGGCAUUGAGUAUGAUUUCAAAUUCAGUCCCUCUAUUGUGGGGCCCAAGGGGCCAGCCCCAGGGACAGCUGAUGGCCCACCCUACCUGGUGAUUGUGGAGCAGCCUAAGCAGCGAGGCUUCCGAUUUCGCUAUGGCUGUGAAGGUCCUUCCCAUGGGGGACUGCCAGGUGCCUCCAGUGAGAAGGGCCGGAAGACCUAUCCUACAGUCAAGAUCUGUAACUAUGAGGGGCCGGCCAAGAUUGAAGUGGACCUGGUAACACACAGCGACCCGCCUCGCGCUCACGCCCACAGCCUUGUGGGGAAGCAAUGCUCGGAGCUAGGGGUCUGCACUGUGUCUGUGGGGCCCAAGGACAUGACUGCCCAGUUUAACAACCUGGGAGUCUUGCAUGUGACCAAAAAGAAUAUGAUGGAGAUUAUGACACAGAAACUUCAGAGGCAGCGACUCCGCUCCAGGCCCCAGGGCCUUUCGGAUGCUGAGCGGCGGGAGCUGGAGCAGGAGGCCAAGGAGCUGAAGAAGGUGAUGGAUCUGAGUAUUGUACGCCUGCGCUUCUCUGCUUUCCUCCGAGCCAGCGACGGCUCCUUCUCCCUGCCCCUGAAGCCAGUUAUCUCCCACCCCAUCCACGACAGCAAGUCCCCUGGGGCCUCGAAUCUGAAGAUUUCAAGAAUGGACAAGACAGCUGGCUCUGUGCGGGGUGGAGAUGAAGUUUAUCUGCUUUGUGACAAGGUGCAGAAAGUUCUCUCCCUAGAUGACAUUGAGGUUCGUUUCUACGAGGAUGAUGAGAAUGGCUGGCAGGCCUUUGGGGACUUCUCUCCCACUGAUGUUCACAAGCAGUAUGCCAUUGUGUUCCGGACACCUCCCUACCACAAGAUGAAGAUCGAGCGUCCUGUCACCGUGUUCCUGCAACUAAAACGCAAACGCGGAGGGGAUGUCUCAGACUCCAAACAGUUCACAUAUUACCCUCUAGUGGAAGACAAGGAAGAGGUGCAGCGGAAGCGGAGAAAGGCCUUGCCCACCUUCUCCCAGCCCUUCGGGGGCGGCUCCCACAUGGGUGGGGGUUCUGGAGGCUCCGCUGGGGGUUAUGGAGGAGCUGGAGGAGGAGGUGGCAGCCUCGGCUUUUUCCCCUCCUCCUUGGCCUACAGCCCCUACCAGUCCAGCGUGGCCCCAAUGGGCUGCUACCCAGGAGGCGGGGGCGGGGCGCAGAUGGCGGCCUCUACGCCCGGCGUUCACGCCACUGGAGAGGAAGCGAUGGAGCCGAGCGCGCCCCUGCGCGAGCCGCCCAACCCAGAGAUGCUGGCACGAGCCCGCGAGUACAACGUGCGCUUGUUUGGCCUGGCGCAGCGCAGCGCCCGAGCCUUGCUGGACUACGGCGUCACGGCCGACGCGCGCUCGCUGCUGGCGGGACAGCGCCACCUGCUGACGGCCCAGGAUGAGAACGGAGACACACCACUGCACCUGGCCAUCAUCCACGGGCAGACCAGUGUCAUAGAGCAGAUAGCCCAUGUCAUCUACCAUGCCCCGCAUCUCGGUGUCGUCAAUCUCACCAACCACCUGCACCAGACUCCCUUGCACCUGGCGGUGAUCACGGGGCAGGUGAGCGUGGUGAGCUUCCUGCUGCAGGUGGGUGCAGACCCUGCGCUGCUGGACAGGCACGGAGACUCGGCCGUGCACCUAGCACUGCGGGCUGGGGCUCCCGACCUGCUGCACACACUGCUGCGCAACGGGGGGCCUGCCAUGCUCCAGCUGCUGCACACAGCCGACUUUGAGGGCCUCUACCCGGUCCACCUGGCAGUCCGUUCCCGCAGCCCCGAAUGCCUGGAUCUGCUGGUGGGCAGCGGGGCCGAGGUGGAGGCUGCAGAGCGGCAGGGGGGCCGGACAGCCCUGCAUCUAGCCACGGAGAUGGAGGAACUGGGGCUGGUCACCCAUCUAGUCACCAAGCUUGGUGCGAACGUGAACGCCCGUACCUUUGCGGGAAACACCCCCCUACACCUGGCAGCUGGCCUGGGGUCCCCGACCCUUACCCGCUUGCUUCUAAAGGCCGGUGCUGACAUCCAUGCGGAGAACGAGGAGCCCCUGUGCCCACUGCCUUCGCCUCCCACUUCGGGCAGUGACUCUGAUUCUGAGGGGCCAGAGAGGGAAACCCGGAGCAGCUUCCGUGGCCACACACCUCUUAACCUCACUCGGAGCACCAAGGUGCGGACCUUGCUGCUGAACGCUGCUCAGAACACCACAGAGCCCCCUUUGACCCCACCCAGCCCAGCAGGGCCAGGGCUGUCACUGGGGGAUACCGCCCUGCAGAACCUGGAGCAGCUGCUUGAUGGGCCCGGAGCACAGGGCAGCUGGGCUGAGCUGGCCGAGCGGCUGGGGCUUCGCAGUCUGGUGGACACCUACCGCAAGACGGCUUCACCCAGCGGCAGCCUCCUGCGUAGCUACGAGCUGGCUGGAGGGGAUCUGGCUGGUCUGCUGGACGCCCUGUCCGACAUGGGCCUGGAGGAGGGCGUGAGACUGCUGAGGGGUCCCGAGCCCCGAGACAAGCUCCCCAGCACAGAGGUGAAGGUGGACAGUGCUUAUGGGAGCCAGUCGGUGGAACAGGAGGCUGAGAAGCUGGGUCCGCCACCUGAGCCCCUGGGAGGACUUUGUCAUGGGCAUCCCCAGCCUCAGGUGCACUGACCUGCUGCCCACCUACCAGCCCCUUUCCUGGGUCCCCUCUGUACAGCAUACCCACCUAUUUCAACUCUUAUUUAACACCCCAUGCCACUGCUCAGCUGGGGCAAAUAAAGGAUUCUGAUAGGAAGGGGGAGACCUGGUACUCUCCCCAAUUGAUGGCAA